AAAUAUAAAGCAUCAUAAUAUAACAUCAAAUCCUCUAGUCUCAUACCAUUCAAUACGCAUGAAUAUGGAUUUCCUUUCUAAUCUAUUAGCAAUUACAGGAGUCAUAGUUCUGGUCUUCAUGUACAAUCAAUGGAGAUCAAGGACUAAAUCUAAAACCACAAAAAAGACCAAGUCACCCCCCGAACCAGAGGGUGCAUGGCCUAUCAUAGGUCACAUGCACCUCCUAGCCGGGGGAAAGCCAAUCGCCCGGCCCCUAGCCGACCUGGCCGACAAAUAUGGCCCCAUCUACAAAAUCAACCUCGGCGUCCAGCCGGUAGUCGUGGUGAGCAGUUGGGAAGCCAUGAAAGAAUGUUUCACCACCAACGACAAGGCCUUGGCCUCACGCCCAGAUUCCAGCACAGCCAAGUACCUCAGCUACAACUUAGCACUCUUCGGGAUCGCUCCUUACGGGUCCUACUGGCGAGAGAUGAGAAAGAUUGCAAUGCUCGAAUUACUCUCGGCUCGUAGACUCGAGAUGCUCAAACAUGUCAGGAUAUCCGAGUUGAGUACAAGUAUCAAACAAUUGUAUUGCAUUUCUUCCAAAAAAUAUGGUUCUGGAAAAGGAGUGGUGAUCAGUGAAUGGAUUGAGCAAUUGACUUUGAACAUAAUCACGAGGAUGAUCGCCGGGAAGACGUAUGGAGAAGAUGUGGAGGCGCGGAAGUUUAGGAAGGUUGUGAAGGAGUUUAUGUUUGUGAGUGGCGAUUUUUUGCUUUCGGAUUGGCUUCCGUAUAGGGUAUUGAAAUGGGUGGACAUGUUGGGGAAAUUGAAGAAUAUUAAAAGGAUUAUGAAGGAGUUGGAUUUGAUUGUGGGAAGUUGGAUUGAAGAACAUGUUGGGAGGAAGAGAGAGGAGAGUAAGGAAGGGGAUGAGCAGGACUUUAUAGAUGUGAUGUUGUCUGUAAUUGAUGACUCGUUUACUCAGGACCACACACGCGAGACUGUCAUCAAGGCCACCAUACUGAACAUCAUCUUAGCAGGCUCCGACACCACCGCCAUAACCUUGACAUGGAUCAUGUCCGCACUUCUCAACAACAAGCACGCACUCAGCCGUGCCCAACAAGAGAUCGACACCAAAGUCGGCAAAAACACAUGGGUCGAAGAGUCCGAUAUCAAGAAUUUGGUCUAUCUCCAAGCCAUUGUCAAGGAAAUUCUUCGUCUCUACCCACCAGGCCCCAUAGCUGUUCCCCACCAAGCCACUGAAGACUGCCAAAUCGGCGGCUACGAUAUUCCCAAGGGCACUCGCUUGUUCCCCAACGUCUGGAAGCUGCACCGAGACCCUCGGGUUUGGACCGACCCGGAUGAGUUUGUGCCCGAUAGGUUCUUGACGACCCAUGCGGAGGUUGAUGUGUCGGGCCAGCAGUUUGAGUUCACUCCGUUUGGAUCGGGUCGGAGGGCUUGCCCCGGGAUUGGAUUUGCGUUGCAAGUGACGCACUUGACGAUGGCUCGGCUGCUUCAGGGUUUUGACUUUGCGACGCCGUUGAAUGAGCCGGUGGACAUGACUGAAGGCUUGGGUAUUACGUUGCCCAAGGCAACUCCGCUGGAAGUCAUCGUCACCGCUCGGCUUGACUCUCAACUUUAUGAAUGAAUCAUCCACUAGCUAUCUGAUCUCAAAACAAAAAA